UUCUUCAUCUCAUCGACAACCGGCUGGCGGGGAGCGCGACUGAUUAUUCUGCCCGACAGGGACUACACCAAGGAACAACACUGGGACAAUUUUGAGAAUUAAUUAUUUUAUGCUUGCUUCGGGGCUCAGAAAUGACAAUCCGCUCCGGGGCAGGGUAUGCUGCGAAAUUGAGGUAAAGCCCAAGACUCAGGCAUCCCAGCCUCGUCAAUAACAGCUCGUGGGUACCGAAGCAUUCCAAUUUCAUUUGCUAACAUCGAGCGUUGUGGAUGCCAGUGAUUUUUCGUUUACUUGUACAUGUCGUUUAUUUGUACAUGUCCACCUUUCUCGUUCUGUAUUUAAAUGCGUCUGCUUGGCUAAGACAGGACUCGCUUCUCACCAUGCUAUUUAUGGGGUUAGUAUUUUUUUCUCAAAGGAACAGCCAACACCUCAGAGGCAUAUGAAGGAGGGAUAUGACAACGAUUCCACACAUCCCGAAGGAGUCCGCUCAAAGAAGAAUAUGAAAAAGCAAGACAUUGGAGAGACCAUCCAUUUUGUGUCAGGAGAAUAUUUUGAUGAAGGAGACACUGGGAUAAUUAUAGAAACGGGAGCAUCUGGAUAUACAUAUAUCGAAAUGGGCACCCAGCUCUGAAAAUACAUGUUGGGCUAAUUAAUUGUAUGAUUAUAAUGACUAUAGGCUAAUGGUUGGAUCAUAUCCAAAACAAAAUCAUAAAAUGUGAUGGCAUCUUGUCGGGAAAAAUGCAAUAGGAAAAUAUGACCCAGAAAUCGGAAUCGCCCUGUCAUCCAUCUGUGCCUUCAGCAUCAUGUUAUGAGGUGGAGUGGCUGCGAGAGAAUAUCAAUUGAAUUGUACAUGGAUAUCGCUGAUUUAUAGCCCUAUGCCGUUUUUUUACAUUCAUAUUUCAUAAUGUAACUGACUUUUACAUAUUUCUUUCAAGGCCAACAUUGAAUUAUUGUGUCUAUCGGGAUCGUAUCCAUUCCACUUGGUCUCCAAGUGUCAAAUGAAAUUAAUCUAAUUGAGAAUUUAAAGGGCGCAACCUCGAUAUAAUCAAGAGUUAUUUUUCGAACCAAGCAAACAUCCCGUUUCACACAGAUAGGGGGGCAGGUACCAGUAACAGAAAAGUCGCUGGUUCGAAUCCCAGAGGCGAAUAGGUGAAACUUCUGUCGAUGUGCCCUUGAGCAAGGCACGUAACCUUAAUUGGUCCUUUAAGUGGCUCUAAAUAAUAGCGUCAGAUACAUUACUUAAAUGUAAAUAUAGAUACAGCAUAUAACUGUCAUUUGAAUAUAUGGCCUAUCCAUGCAUGAAGUGAAGGCCGUUUGUUUUUUAUUCUAAUAUUGUCCCACUGUGAUCUAUUUUUCUAUUUUUCUCAAUGUUAUUUGUCCAAUCUCCGCCACAAAUUUCUGGAUAAAAAAAUCGGACUGCGGGUUUAUCACCCUGAAUAGAAACCAUAUGUGGCCCACUUGAUUUGAAACAAGUGUCUUUUCCAUUACUGAGGAUAUUUUUCUUACUCGGCCAUUAGUCUAACUUUCAAGUGCGAUAAGCUUUUUUAAUGCUUACAGUCUGAUUUUUAGUGAGUGUCAUCAACAGAGGUGGAAUUGAUGACACAUCUGUACACCGCUGUUGUAUUCCGAGGAUAUUGCACUGUACAAGCCACGAGCACUAGGCUACUACAGUCACGGGGAAUUCGACACGUUUACAGUGCGCUGUCAGUGGGUUUUUGGCUGUUUCGCUCGAAAUGUGGAGAGUUUUAUUGUAGGAGUGCCUCACGACGCGUCGACAUUUGCCAGGAAAAGAAAAGGAAGGGGAUAUGAAUCCAAGAAGAAGAUGAUGAUGAUGAUGCUGGAUACACAGAAUACGACCCAGGAGAUCGGUGAGGAGGUAGAGGACGGGGCGGUGUACACCAUCACCCUGCGGAAGGUUCAGAUGCUCCACCACCACCAUCCUGGCCAUUACAGUGGCGGCAGCGGGGCUAGUAAGGGCCAGCGCUGGCUGGGUGUAGAGACUGACGCGGCCCUCAGCCUGUACGAGACGUGCAAGGUGCGCACCAUCAAGGCAGGCACGCUGGAGAAGCUGGUGGAGUACAUGGUUCGGGGCAACGAUUCCACCUACGUCACCAUCUUCCUCUGCACCUACCGCUCCUUCACCUCCACUAAGCAGGUCCUGGACCUACUGCUCAACAGGUAUGCCAAACUCCAGCUUGGAUCAGAGGGCCACAGACUGACUCACGACGAUCGUACAGAACUGAGGAACACAAUAUCCUCCAUCUUGGGGGCGUGGCUGGACCAGUAUUCUGAGGACUUCUGGAAGCCUCCAGAGUACAGCUGCCUGCGACGGCUAAUCUCCUACCUGCAUCUCAACUUCCCAGGAUCGGACCUGGAACGCCGCGCCUGCAACCUCCUGACACACUUCCACCGCCGACAGCUCCAGGAGCCCGAGCACGAGUUACUGGACCAUGGUGGCUAUCCGUUCACGCUACUGGAGGAGAAUGGCUACGAGGAUGAGCAGCUGGACUUCUUGAACUUUGACCCGGCGGUGGUGGCCGAGCAGUUCACCCUCAUGGACGCGGAGCUCUUUAAGAAGGUGGUUCCCUACCACUGUCUGGGGAGUAUUUGGUCGCAGCGGGACAAGAAGGGCAAGGAACACCUGGCCCCCACCAUCCGUGCCACCGUCACCCAGUUCAACUGCGUCACCAACUGUGUCAUCGCCACAUGCCUGAGCGAGCGCUCGCUGAAACCCACGCAGCGCGCCAAGCUGGUGGAGCGCUGGAUCGAAGUGGCCAGGGAGUGUCGAAUCCUGAAGAACUUUUCUUCACUGCGGGCUAUCCUCUCUGCUCUGCAGUGCAACCCUGUCCACCGGCUGAAGAGGACAUGGGACGAGGUGUCCAGGGAGAACUUCCGCAUCUUCCAUGAGUUGUCAGAAAUCUUCUCUGAUGAGAAUAAUCAUUCGCUCAGCAGAGAGCUGCUCAUUAAGGAAGGCACGUCCAAAUUCGCAACCCUGGAAAUAAACCCCAAACGAGCCCAGAAGAGACAGCAGCAACCCCGAGACCUGAGUGUGAUGCAGGGGACCAUUCCCUACCUGGGCACUUUCCUUACAGAUCUAGUCAUGAUGGACACAGCCAUGAAGGACUACCUGGAUGGAGGGCUGAUCAAUUUUGAGAAGAGGAGGAAGGAGUUUGAGGUGAUUGCCCAGAUCAAGCUUCUGCAGCUGGCCUGCAACAACUAUAACUUCACCCGAAACAAGCGUUUCCGAGAGUGGUUCUCCGGUGUGGACAAACUCACAGAGGCUGAGAGCUACAGCCAGUCAUGUGAGAUCGAGCCAUUGUCAGAGUCAGCCUCCAACACUCUCAAGAAGAAGAACACAGGAAUCAUCAAACGCUGGAGCGAUCGCCAGCCUGCCAGCUCGGAGCCAGGCUGCAGCAGUGCGGGCAGCUCCCACUCCAAGUCCUUUGACCAGCUGCGUUACGCCCCCUGCCUGGGGGGCUCGGGUGGAGGUGGAGGGGGUGAUGGAGCGGACUCCCUGAGCGUCACCUCCGCUGGCUCCAGUAGCUCCGAUGUGGAGGAGAUCAAUAUCAGCUUCAUCUCCGACUCACCCGAUGUCCACGAGAGAAAGACCUCCACGCCUUCCGUAAAACAUUCCAAUUCCACGUUAGGGAAGUGCGGCCCCUUGCCUGACCUGGCACCCACGUUCUGGGAGUCUACCUCUCUGUCCUCCUUGGAUGCCUCUGGUCUGGGCUCUGGCUCGGGCUCCAGUAGCGCCUCCUCCUCCUCCAUGUCCUCCACACCUGUGGCGGGUGCGGGCUCCCGCUCACACAAGCGCUCCGUGUCGGGCGUGUCCAGCUACUCGUCGCUGUCACUGCCCCUCUACAACCAGCAGGUGGAUGACUGCUGCAUCAUCCGGGUCAGCCUGGACGUAGACAACGGCAACAUGUACAAGAGCAUCCUGGUGACCAGUCAGGACAAGACGCCGGCGGUGGUCAGGAAGGCCAUGGUGAAACACAACCUGGACCGGGAGAGAGCGGAGGAUUACGAACUGCUGCAGAAGAUCUCUGAGGAGAAAGAGCUGAAGAUUCCAGACAAUGCCAACGUUUUCUAUGCCAUGAACUCUUCGGCCAACUACGACUUUGUCCUGAAGAAACGCGGCUUCCCCAAGGUGGGCCGGACCAAGCACGUGGCCAGCUCCACCCUGCCGCGAAUGAAGCAGAAAGGCCUGAAAAUCGCAAAGGGCAUCUUCUGAGGGGCAAUGCCAUGUCACCAGACACCCUCAUCCACCUCCCUGCUUCCUGCUGGGCUUUCUGGGUGCCAUCUUUGAGUGCCACCCCUGCUGUGCCAUGGUAGAGGGGCCUGUUGCCAGCUUGGCCGUGUUCAGCAUCUGAGCGUGAAAGCCUCAGAGGACUAAUAAAGCUGAAUGUAAUGGAAAUCCCUAUUGGCCAAUGAACUUGCACUCAACUCCAUUUUGCGAGGCAGGUGACUGUCCUUGUGGAAGUAGUGACUCUGUGUGGUUGCUAUGUAUGCUUACCCACAUCUGACCCCUCUCCCAGGUGUUUCCUGUGAGUCCACAUCACUUCCGGUUAGCUUCACAGCUCUCUGUGGAUGCCCUAAUCGAGAGGGGAAAACCUGAGUAAAAAUAUAACUAUGUCAUCUAGGUGCGUAGGAAAAUGAAUUCCUCCCCUCUAAAGGAGUUACACUCCCUCUAGUUUCUACAGACCUCCUCCUCAGCAAAGGUUCAGGCACUAUUUUUUUACACUCCUUUCUAGACUACCAUCAACUGCAUCUGUUUCUUCGAUGUUCCGCGACACGCGGACUGAGACAGAUGGACAGAUGCUCAGUACUGCCAGCUUAGCGGAGGGAAACACGUUCCAACGAACCACUAAAAGGAUCUUGGGAGAGAAAGGCCCCUACUGGAUAGAUACAUCGGGUUGUUAACCAAUCAUCAGAAACUUUACUCCUUUUAACUACUCACUGCUAAUGGGAACAUGUUCCGUUUGUUAAACUAACACUAUUCACACAAAUAGGGCAUUAUUAUUACAACAAACAUUCAAUAAUAGCUCAUUUUGUCACUGCUUUGAUGCGGCGGCACUCUGCAUUUGUGCAUUGCGUCUUAUUUCUCCAAGUGGUGCUAACAGACAAUGAAAUGCUACAGCCAGCUCCUUCCCUCCCUCCCCUUUUAUUUCAUGCCUGAUGUCUUUCAGUUUCACGCUAGAGUUUGAGAGAGAGGCUCUCUCCUGACAUGAAGGAGUAGGCAGCCACGAGGGCUCAAUGAUGAUGGUUCAUGGAAAUAGUGCAACUGAGGCAUCCAGCAUGCAUUUUGGUUCAGUAUUUGUUUUAAUGGGUGCAUUUCUGGGAAGCCAAAAAAAGCGAUGUGGCCAGUUAGAGUACAUUAUGGUGACCUGAAAUGCACAAAGUCGGGCGGCCAUUGCGGCUCAAACACGAUGGCACUAAAUGGCUUCUCCUCGAUUGGCAAUGCCUUAGAGAGUAGAACUGCCUACAUGUGAGCCGAAUGGCACAAAAUGGCUGUUGUUGGCAUGGUGACCACUCCCUCAGGUCAUGAAGAAAGUUAGCUCCGAGCCAUUUGAUGGACCCCAAUGUGUGAUAGACCCUCUUGUCAAUGACUUGCAGGAGGAGAGAAAUGUAUGUAAAAGGACACUGUGCUCCCUUUUAACUAGAAGUGCGUUUGUGGAAAGUACUCAAGCACUCGGAGAGAGAGAUGUAUGUUGUAUUGUGAAAUGCAGCGUGGUUUUUAAAUGUCCAGUCUUUUUGUUCCCUAUAGUGUAAAGAAGAAGAAACGAGAAUGAAAGGACUGUCCCUUUUGUUUGCUCCCUUCCUUUCAUCACAAGGCCUUUCAUCCUUGUGUACCAGGGUUGGAGGUCAACUUCAUUUCAAUUCAGUUAAAUCAGCAAGAUAAAUGAAAAAGAGGAAGAGAAAGUACAACUCAACUAAAACAUUGUCAACUCCACGUGUGCCAAAGACCGGUGGACUAUGAUGAAGUAUGAGGUGGUUUUGGGAGCAUUGACAUUUGAAGUGGAGGGAGUAAGUUUGCCUGCUGUUGAAAGGCUCAGAAGUCGUGUGAUUCUUUGUGUAUGAGAUGAGUCCUUGGUUUGUAGUACCCCAUGUCUAUCCAUUUCCUACAGUAUUGCAGCACUUUGGAUCAAACCUAAUAUCCCUAUUUAACAGCAGCCAUGACAGUAGUGUUGUGGAUUACAGUGUUAAAACUCAAGCCUUUGCUCAAAGAGUUUUCUGCAACUAGUGACUUUUGGACUGUGACCGUGUCACACUGAGUACGGUUACAUGCACACAAUAAUACAAUUAUUGUGAAUAGUCAUAUUAAUAUAAUAGUUUGAUUAAAACGUUUACAUGCUUUGCAAUAAUAAAUGUUUUCCCUCAUAAUUGUGUUUACGUGGAGCCAUCUGAAAUCAGACAACCUGGUGGGACUUUGAUGAAUAUCAGCAAUCAAAAUAAACAUUCUACCACAGCGACCAUGUUAUCGUUGUAAAACAUAGUUGAUUCUGAGUUCGGACAUACAACGUUUAUGUGAAAACGACUUCUAAGAUGUGUACUUUAACUUUUUCCUAACUCACUUCACUCGUGCAAAAGAAGGAAGCUCGCCCUGCUUGCACUAACACACACACACACACACACACACACACACACACACACACACACACACACACACACACACACACACACACACACACACACACACACACACACACACACACACACACACACACACACACACACACACACACACACACACACACACACACACACACACACACACACACAGAUGAAACACAUCGCUAUAACUGAUUAAAGUGUUUACAUGUCCUAAAAUCUUUAAAGAUGGCUCAGAAAAUCAGGUGUUUUAAUUGGCUUAUGCUUACUUCGAAUAUGACCGUAUGCCGAUUAAGAUAAGCAGAGUAAGGUGUUUACAUGACUAAUGCCAUACAUACUCAGCCUUCUGCCAUAAUCAGUUUAACAUCAAAUUAUUAAUGUGCAUGUAACCGUACUCAAUGUGUCAUGUGCAAGACAGUAAAUGUUCUAAUAGGGACAUGGGAUUGCAUCUCUAUCAGAGGGCACAUAUAAACUGGCUAUACUUUUAUAGCCUUUUUACACUAUUGUGCUAACCUAAACCGUAGUGUGCUGGCUCGAUCUGAUAUUUUCUUUUGACAUGGUACGUAACCAGGCCAUCGCAGUACAGCUCGGCUCAGCUCAGUACAGUAAAAAGGGUGUCAAAUGCCACAUAAAUCCUAUAACACGCCACAACAGUCGUCAGACUACAUUUCACAACAAAAGCUUGAUGUGCCUAACAGCAAAGCCAUGGAAAUGGUUUCAUGUGCUAUGAUGAUCGUGUUUCACAUGUCAGUUAUCAGAAACAUGGGUGGUCAUAUUUAUCGCAUGUUAGUACUGCAUUAUGAAUGCAUUACGGCAGUAUAAUAUAAGUGAUUUUCAUGCUUUCAAGUGUGCUGGUUGGUGGUGGUGUUGAAAAGGAUGCUGUAUGUUUGUGGAUGUUGGGGUCCGGUAGUCUACUGUGAUUACAUGUGAUUUGCUGGACUUCAUAUUAGUGGUGUUGAUGGAAGUUGCCCCUAAGCCCUGAUUCAAGGUCCGCGUCUAUUUCUACAUCCUAUUAACAAGAUUAGGAUUUGUGUUGGGAAAGCUGAAUCUGGAUCUGCAGUUAAAUACUUUUUGUGGUUGAUCAAUGAGUGAGAGAUGGAUUCUUUAACUGGAGAUCCUUAAACUUUUGUGAAAAAUCAUGCAUUUGUGUCAGUGGGUUUCCAGUUAAUGUCAGUAAGCGUUCAUCCCGGAAUGUGUGCUUAUCUUUAUUUUUUGCUAAUGUCUUUGUGCCCUCCCCAGCUACCCAGCCUAUCUACACUGAGUGUACACAACAGUAGGAACACUUUCCUAAUACUGAGUUGCACCCCCCCUUUUGCCCUCAGAACAGCCUCAAUUCGUUGGGGCCUGGACUCUACGAGGUGUUGAAAGCGUUCCACAGGGAUGCUGGCCCAUGUUGACUACAAUGUUUGUCACAGUUUCAAGUUGGCUGGAUGUCCUUUUGGUGGUGGACCAUUCUUUAUACACACAGGAGACUGUGGAGCUUGAAAAACCCAACAGCGUUGCAGUUCUUAACACACUCAAACCGAUGCACCUGGCACAUACUACCAUACCCUGUUCAAAGGCACUUAAAUCUUUUGUCUUGCCCAUUCACCCUCUGACUGGCACACAUAAACAAUAAAUGUCUCAAUUGUGUCAAUGCUUAAAAAUGCUUCUUUAACUUGUCUCCUCCCCUUCAUCUACACUGAUUUGAAGUUGAGCUCUCAACUGGAUUCACAAGGUCAGUCUGUCAUGGAAAGAGCAGGUGUUCUUAAUAUGUUGUACACUCAGUGUAUAUAUCAAAGGUUGGAGAGGGGGAUCUGACAAAAAGAUGUCAGCAUUUCAGGUUUCACAAAUGCUAGUCUGUGUGUGUACGUGACACACACACACACUCUUCUGUGUCUAUUGUAAAUGAAGGGCCAAAGACUGCACCUCUCCACCUAUCCCUCUAAGUUAGUCCCUCUCAGAAACCCAGACUGAUCAGGAAUAUGUCACCUUGCCUCAACCUCUCACAAUGGUCAUCCUUAAAACCUUUGUGCCAUCGCUCUCCGUCACUGUCAAAGGCUCUGAACUUUCUAACGAUUACCUGUUCAAUGUUUUUUCUAUGUUCUUUUUGUAUUUUUUGUAUAUUAAAAGACUCAAUGUCCUUUGUA